AUGGUACUUUCGUUGGUCUCACCCCUGACUUAUGCGGUUGCCAGCGCAUCAAAAAGAAUUUUUGUGAUAGCUGUAUCACUGUUAAUUUUAGGGAGUCCUGUGACGUGGUUAAACUGCGUCGGCAAGACUUUGGCCAUAUUCGGCGUGUUAUGCUAUAACCGGGCCGAACAGGUGUCUAGAGCAACUUCUCUUUUUGGCGGACACUGGUCUAGAGCGUCAGACACGGUAUUACCUCUAACACAAAACCAUCGUAUUAAAUACGAGCCACUUAACGGAAAUCUGGAUCCCUACUAUCAAGGGGCAGUUACGAGCAGCGUAAAUGGUUUCACUAGUAAACGUGGUGAAAAACAGUAUCCUAAUGUAAAUACAGUUGCUGCAAACAGCCUGCUGACUAAUGGAAAUAUGUUUCCAAAUGGUAGUACGACAACGACCCGUUUACUUUUUGUUUGAUUUCGUAAUUAAAUU